CAACGAAAAAUAAUCCAUAUUGCUCAAUGUUCACCAGGAUUCUAGGAAGUUGCUCAAAUAAGUAACCUUCAGCGUUUGACAAGUGAAAAGAGUGGGGAAGAGAAGCAAAAGAGGGAUGAGUACCGCGGCGGCAGGGCUGAAGAAUUUGGUGUCGGCUGCUGUUGUGAGAGGAGUGACGGAGGUAAGGGCUCAAAUAUUUGGUCAUGUAUUAAACCCUACUGCUCAAAGAUCUGCCCAUAAAGUUUUGAAGAAAAAGCUUAUCGGAGAGAAAGUUACUCAAUGGUAUCCUUACGACAUUAAGCAUGAUGAUCCACAUGUCAUGGCUCAGGAAGAAAAAAGGCGGUUGAGUAAGCUCGAAAUGUUGAAGCGUCGUGGCAAGGGACCUUGUAAGAAGGGACAGGGAAGGCGUGCUUCUAAGCGUAAGUAGAUGUUGAUCCAAGGCUUCAGUUUGAGGAGUGAAGUAGGAUUCAUUAAUGAUGUGCAUCCCUGUAAUUGGAAAAGGAUUAGUGGCUUUGAGCUACAAUUUUAGUUCCCAUAUCACUUGCAGUGAACCAGUGUGCCAUCAUCUAUUGGUUUUGCUCUCUAUGUUUUGCUUAUUUGUCCUAAAAUAAAUUUCUCAUCUGGCACACUGUUUAAUAUGUUUACAUUGCUUCAGUUGUCCAGCUUUCCUUUUUCUGA